AGUGAAUUCGUGCCAUGAACCGGAUGUAGUAGUAAAUCACGUGGCCGGAGGUGAAGCACAUUGUUUCGCGGCAUGUUUCAUAUUUUUGUUGAAUGAGAAGAAAGUUGUUUAUUUAUACAGUUGUUCUCUCCAAUUUUUAACUGGAACGAUCUUACGCACACUAAAUCGGGAGAAAGGUAAAUACAUCGCCAAAUUGAGGGGUUUUUCCAUUGAGAGUUGCGCAGAUGGCUGGGAUUCUGUUUGAGGACAUUUUUGAUGUGAAGGAUAUUGAUCCAGAUGGAAAAAAGUUUGACAGAGUAUCUCGUCUUCACUGUGAAAGUGAGUCUUUCAAAAUGGACCUGAUCCUUGAUGUGAACAUUCAGAUUUAUCCUGUUGAUCUCGGUGACAAGUUCAGAUUGGUGAUUGCUAGCACACUGUAUGAGGAUGGAACGCCGGAUGACGGCGAAUACAACCCUCAAGAUGACAGACCGUCUAGGGCCGAUCAGUUUGAUUAUGUCAUGUAUGGAAAGGUUUAUAGGAUUGAAGGAGAUGAAACCUCAACAGAAGCAGCCACACGACUAUCUGCGUACGUGUCUUAUGGAGGCCUGCUGAUGCGACUUCAGGGAGAUGCCAAUAACUUGCAUGGAUUUGAAGUGGACUCCAGGGUUUAUCUACUGAUGAAGAAACUUGCUUUCUGAAGGGUUUUUGGAUUGUAUUUCCUGUCCUGCGGAGCUUCUCACUUUUGAGGACUGAGGACUUUUGUUUUAAACUAAUUCUUUUGAUGAGAAAUUGAUAUUACUGAUAAUAUCUGGAAACUGUGGCCCGUGGUAAAUUGCUGAGAACUAUUUGAUUAUAUAUUGAAAACAUUUGAUGAGAUGUUUUCUCAUUGCAUGUACACUACGUUGGCCAAACGUUUUAAUACAGUCCUUGUUGAAUUACAUUAAUGCCAUCAGACACAUGUAACAUUUUGUACAUUCAUUUUCUUUUAAACUGUUAUCAGUAAAUGAGAAAUUGUGUUUCUUAAGUCUAAAAAACUGCAUCCUGAGCCUUGAGAAUUUAAGUGACGGCAAAAAUGAUGUCCCAACUCGGAUAGAAAUGCAGUUUAAUCUAAUUUAAAGGAAAUAAAAGCGUCAGUGUGCGGCUGCGAGCGACACAGUUUACUGUGAGAGGGCCAUAAUGGAAAUCAUAUGACAAGUUUGCAGUCAAAUGAGGGGCUGAAUAAAUAUUUAACCCUUGGUUAUCUUUA